AUGAUUGCACUUAUACACGAUCGACCAGAUAUAUCAAUUUACUUAUAUUCCGAAUUAGAAAAUAUGAAUUUUGAAUGGAUAACUCAAUAUUCAAAAAUUAAAGAUAUUUUUUAUGAUAAAGAUCAAAUGAGUAAACAAUUACUCAUCGAUAUUAAAGAGUACGACCAAGUACAACAACAACAGUUUAGGAAUAAUAAUGAUGAUAACGACGAUGAUUUGAAGCAAAUCGUACCACCAAUAACUGUAUUUAAUUCUGAUCUGAAAGAAAAUUCAAUUAAAAAUUUAAGUAAAGAAUCAGUUGUUUUCAUUUGGUUUCAAAUGUUAAUUGAAAUUUUACUUCGAAUGAAGCAUACAAGUGAAACAACUAAUGAAAUGUUAGAUGAAUGUCGGAGAUAUUAUUUUGGUAACGAAACAGUUCUAAAGAAAAUUAAUAAUUUUCAACAAGGUUAUUGCUCAGAACAAGCAGUUCAAUGGUGGACACAUGAUUCAUUUUUAUAUCGUUUAGUAAAUAAAGCAUUUCGCACAGAAGAUAUAGCUACUGUAUAUCCAUUUCGUUCAUAUAUAACUGAUCUUCAUGAACAAUUGCUUGAUUUAAAUAUGAGACGUGGAAAUAAUAUUAGACGAGCUUAUUGUGGAAAAAAAUUACCAGUUAAUAUUGUACGAAAUUUAAUUGAUAAUCAACAUGGUCUAAUAUCAAUGAAUGGAUUUUUAUCAGCAACAAAUGAUAAAGAUGUUGCUUAUAUGUUUGCUGAUAUUGAUCAGAAUCGUUUAGGUUGUGAAACUGUACUCUUCGAGUUAGAACUUGAUGGUAAUUAUUGUAGUAGUAAACCAUUUGCUGAUAUAACAAAUAUUAGUCAAUAUCCAGAAGAAAAAGAAAUUUUAUUUUCAAUGGGAACAGUAUGGCGCAUUGACUCAGUUAGACACAUUAAAAAUCAAAAUUUAUAUUUAAUAAAAUUAUCAUUAACGGGUGAACAAGAUUUAAGAUCAAUUGAAUUAAUAAAAUAUUUAAAGAAAAAUAUGGAUGAAGAAACAUGUACAUUACUAACAUUAGGUAAUUUUUUAUUCGAUAUUGGUGAAUAUGAUAAAGCUGAAUAUUAUUACGAAAAAAUGGCGAUAGAAUUACCUCCAAACGACAAAAGACAAGCCAUACUUUAUAAUAAUAUUGGUUUAAUACGCUAUGAAAAAAACGAUUUACGUAGCGCUUUAGAAAAUUUUCAUAAAGCUGAAAGAUUAAUUAAAUUAUAUUAUAUGAAUAAGGAGGAAUAUUUAUUUACAACAUCAACAAAUAAACAAAUAGUGAAUGAAAAUUUUGAAGAAAUAAAAAACGUAAUUUGUUUAAAAUUAUUAACUAUGAAUAAUAAUUGUCCAUCAAGUAUGAAAAUUUUCCAUAAUGUUGGAUAUUUGUAUCAAAAACGUGGAAAUUUAAAUUUAGCAUUACAAAAUUAUAAGAAAGCACUUACACUUUAUCGCAAUCAUGGUAUUAAUCAUUCUCAAGAUAUAUCAGCAACUCAUAAUAAUAUGGGUGGAGUAUAUUUUGAACAAGGUAAAUAUAAGAAUGCAUUGAAUAGUUUUGAACAAGCAAUUAAAGCGGCUCGAAAACUAUUACCAGAUAAUCAUUCAUGGAUAGAAGAUUAUAAAAAAAAUGUUAAAACUGUUUCUAAAAAUAUUAAAAUUAAAUUGAAAAUUGACUGA